AGCGAUGCUGGUUGGCUUUGUUCUUACUAUGGCCAACAUGAGCUUUUUUGCAGUUUUGCUCACCUUUUUCAUCACGUCCACCAAACUAACCAGGUGGAAGGGGGAGAUCAAAAAAAAGAUCGACCCGGAAUAUAAAGAAGGUGGCCAGAGGAACUGGUUGCAGGUGUUCUGCAACGGAGGAGUUCCUACAGAAUUGGCUCUGCUCUACAUGAUUGAGGCCGGUCCUGGGGAAAUGGCCAUAGACUUCGCGAAGCAAUACUCCGCUUCGUGGAUGUGCUUGUCGUUAUUGGGAGCUCUGGCUUGCAGCACUGGGGACACCUGGGCUUCUGAGGUCGGUCCUGUGCUCAGUAAGAGCAAACCCAAGCUGAUCACCACCUGGAGAGACGUCCCAACAGGUACCAAUGGUGGAGUCACUUCUGUUGGGUUAUUGGCCAGUGUUUUGGGUGGAGGUGCAGCAGGUGUAGCGUACUUCUUCAUGCAGAUCCUGCUGGUGAAAGAUUUGCAUUCAGCAGUUUCUCAGUGGCCUCUCAUCUUGUAUGGAGCGAUAGCUGGCUUGUUGGGUUCCCUGCUAGACUCACUCCUAGGUGCAACCAUGCAGUAUUCAGGUUAUGAUGAAUCAAUUCGUAAAGUUGUGAGUUACGAGUCUCCAAGUGUUAAACGAAUAUGUGGGAAACCCAUCCUGGACAACAACGGAGUGAAUCUGUUCUCCUCGAUCCUCAUAGCUCUGUUCCUGCCUGGGUUUGCUUGGAUUUUCUGGCCUAGGCCUUGAAUAAUGGGAUUUUGAUGUAUAUCACGGGUAAUGUCUAGAUCGGAUACGCAGCCGGCCGGAAGUACGACAUGCACAUCAAUAUUGCAGGAUUUUUUAUGACACUGUGUAACAAUGAUUAAUAUUUUUACAGUGCUGUGACAGUUAGGUUGGGGGUAGGUGUUAAAAAAUAAAAUUCUUAAGUAAUUUAAUAUUUAGGGUUGGAGUUGUUCAUAUUUCUAAAAUACAAUAAAUGGGAAAUUUAAUAAAAAUAUAUGAAUCAUUUUCGUUAACUUCUGGCCGCAACCAUAUCUGAUCUAGCAACAACCUAAACCAUGUUUCUUUGAGGAUAAUUAGCGAUUUAUGCUAAGACCAAUUGUUAUCCAUUUAAUUUUAAUUAAAAUCAAAAUAAUUUUAUAAA